AUGGCAACUCGUCCUUCCUUGGCCCGACUAGGAUUACACACCUCCACCGCCUUGAAAGGUGUUUGGCGCACAUCAGCAAUAUCGCCCCACACUGGGAAAGCCCCUCUCUCCUUUUCUUCCCCUCCUCUCGCUCGAGCUGCUCUCAUCUCUCGACAUCUCUCCUCCUCAUCUCCCAAAAUGUCUUACACCAUCCGCAAGGUUGCCCAGCCUUACACGCUGGAGCACCGUGUCUACAUCGAGAAGGAUGGCGUCCCCGUCUCUCCUUUCCACGACAUUCCCCUCUACGCCAACCCUGAGCAGACUAUCCUGAACAUGGUUGUUGAGAUUCCUCGCUGGACCAACGCCAAGCAGGAGAUCUCCAAGGAUGAGUUCCUUAACCCCAUCAAGCAGGACACCAAGAAGGGCAAGCUGCGCUUCGUCCGCAACUGCUUCCCCCACAAGGGUUACCUCUGGAACUACGGUGCCUUCCCCCGUACCUGGGAGGACCCCAACUCCAUCCACCCCGAGACCAAGGCCAAGGGUGAUGACGACCCGCUCGACGUUUGCGAGAUCGGUGAGCUUGUUGGCUACCCCGGUCAGGUCAAGCAGGUCAAGGUUCUGGGUGUCAUGGCCCUGAUCGACGAGGAGGAGACUGACUGGAAGAUCAUCGUCAUCGAUGUCAACGACCCUCUCGCUGCCAAGCUGCACGACAUCGAGGAUGUCGAGCGUCACCUGCCCGGUCUCCUGCGUGCCACCAACGAGUGGUUCCGCAUCUACAAGAUCCCCGACGGAAAGCCCGAGAACCAGUUCGCCUUCUCCGGCGAGUGCAAGAACAAGAAGUACGCCGAGGAGGUUAUCCACGAGUGUGCCGAUGCCUGGGAGAAGCUCAUCUCCGGCACGACCGCCCCCGGUGGUGUCAACCUUGCCAACGUUGAGGCUCCCCAGGGUGACGCCCACCGCGCUGACCAGGCUCAGCUCGCUGCUAUCCCUGCUAACCAGGAGCUUGCCCCCGCUCCCGUCGAUGGCUCCAUUGACAAGUGGUUCUUCAUCUCCGGUGCCGCCGUCUAA